UUUCUUGACUCUCGUCUACAAAUCCGACAAGAAGUUCUCCAAAAUCAGAGACCUUCCUUUCUACCAACGCAGCAGGCAUGAUACAUACUUUUAUAAGGUGUUCAAGGUUUACACACAAUUAUGGAAGUUUCAGCAGGAGAAUCGGCAGAAGCUGGUUGAAGCUGGGCUUAGGAGAUGGGAGAUUGGUGAGAUAGCAUCUCGCAUUGGGCAACUGUAUUUUGGGCAGUACAUGCGCACAAGUGAUGCAAAUUAUCUGUCAGAGUCAUAUAUAUUCUAUGAAGCCAUAUUGACCCGGGAGUAUUUUAAGGAGGGGUUAUUUCAAGACGUGAAUAUUGCAAACAAACAAUUGAGGUUUCUUGCUAGAUUCAUAAUGGUGUGUUUGGUUUUGAACCGAAGGGAAAUGGUGCAGCAAUUGGUUAAUCAGCUUAAAGUGUUAGUUGAUGAAUGCAAGAGAACAUUCCAGGAAAGUGACUUUAAAGAAUGGAAGCUGGUGGUUCAGGAAAUAGUCAGAUUUUUAAAAGCUGACACUGCUUUUAUGAAUAUCAGGCCCUUGAGAUACAGUCUAGUUUUGGACCCUCAUCCCGAUACUUUACAGCAUGUUGCUGCUGCCAUCACAAAGCGACAUUUGAGACUACGAGAUGCUGUAUUAAGUAGCUUCCAUCUAAAUGAGGUAAAGUAUUCAGAACUCACGAUUGACACUUUUAGGAUGCUUCAAUGUUUGGAGUGGGAACCUAGUGGCUCAUUUUACCAGUCUAGUGGUUCAAAACUUAGUCAGAAUGGGGCUACUGGGACUAGUCGUAUUAGUUACAUCCAAGACAUUGCUGAUCCUACCUUACCAGCAAACCCACGAAAAGCUGUGUUAUACCGUCCUUCACUGACACAUUUUAUAGCUGUUCUUGCCACAAUAUGUGAGGAGCUUCCCCCUGAUGGUAUUCUCCUUGUGUAUUUGUCGGCUUCAGGAUCAUAUGGUGCUGCACAGAAUGAAUCUGGUUGCAUACAAUUUGGUCCUCGUGGAGAUAGAGGAUCAAACUGCAUAUAUCCAUCUGACUUUCUACCCUUUACUAGAAGACCACUUCUUUUAGUCAUUGAUAACGACAACAGCAAAGCUUUUAAGGUCAUAGCAGAAGCAGAAAAGGGAGAGUCAGUUGCUAUGCUCCUUUCUCCAAGCUGUUCACCUGCUGUGUCUGAUUACUCAUAUAAUUCAAAUGGGAGCCUAUUCACCAUGUUUCUUACAGCUCCACUACAAGCUUUCUGUCUGCUGCUUGGACUUUCAGGCACUGAUAUUGAUUUGGACACAUUUAACAAAGCUGAAAUGCUGCUCUCAUCUUCAUUAAAUAACUGGGGACUAGCAUUGGCAACAUCAGACACACUUAAUUCUGUUUGGGGACAAAUUUUAGGUGAUCCCUUCAUAAGGAGACUUCUUUUGAGAUUCAUAUUUUGCCAGGCAGUGUUGACCCUAUAUGCACCAGUUUACAAUGAAAACAAGUUCCUUCCAACAUGUGUCCCUUCUCUUCCGACACCUGUCCUGCCCCAAAGUUACUCAUAUCAGAGUGUAAUUCUGAAUUUAGCCAGCAUGUUCGGUGCAACUAAGCAUUUCAUCUUCUCAGAGGAUGUUCUUCCCAAAAAUAUACAAACCGACAUGAAUCAGUUAACUCUGUGAAGAUAACCAAAAGCUUCCCUUCAGAAGCAUAAUAAUGUUUUGUGCUUUUGACAAGAGAACCUCUAACGUGGAUUGAUGUUCAACUUGAUCAUUACAUGACAAGUUGCACGCUCGUGAAGAAUGGAAUUAGACCAGAGGGAAGGAAGUUUGAUAUAGGGAUCAGUGUUUUUGCAAAGAAACAACAUAUUUUUCUUUUACUACAACCAUUGUCAUGAUGAUUUAGUGUUUCUUCACUUAAAUGCUUCGCUUAUGUUUUGCAAUGAAUAGAAUUCUUGCUUUAGAA